AUGCCUGUUUCGGAAGCAACUUUAGCUGAAAUAAAUGAUCUUAUUGAGAUACAAGCAAUCAUAUGCAAGAUAUGUCCCAAUAAUUUCGCAGAAACUUUAGCAACUUUAGACAGAUUCUACGAAAAAUACAAAGAUUUUAUCGAACAUCAAAUUUUUAGAAUAUGUAAUAGUAUGAGUGCAGUUAAACUCACGUUGUUUGAUGAAUUUACGAAGAAACAUAACAUUGAAUUACCAUUUUCCGGCCUGAAUGAAGAAAAUAUUAAAAUCUCAAGAUAUUUUAAUGAAGACAACAUUGGUUUCCUUGUUGAGCAAUCAUCUACUACAAAUAUAGCAGAAGCAGAAGUUCAUUAUCGCUAUACGUCUGUUUCUUAUCUACAUUUAGCUGCAGAAGCCGGCGCUGUUAAAAUGUUCAAAUACUUAUUAUCAGAAGGUUGUCAGCCAGACAAAUCAACAAUGGCAGCUGCAAUUAGAGGCGGUUCUCUUGAAAUAAUUCAAAUUUUGACACAAUCAGGAUUUUCAGCUGCCCAAUAUGCAUCGACAGCGAUUACAUGGAAUAGAAAUGAAAUUUACGAAUGGAUUUCUAACAAUAAUGAUGUUGAAAUCGAUUUCAAUCGCAAUAUGUAUGAAAUCAUCCCCGGAAACAUUGAAUUCACAAUUAACUACAUAAAAUCAUUGACUACAUUAGAUGAAAGAUUGCUUAAAAGUAUUAUUACACAAGAUAUUCCAAUUUAUAUUAAAUUUAUUUUGGAAAGUGAAUUUUCAAUAGAAAACAAGGAUGAAAUAAUGGAUUAUGCAAUAACCUCAAGAAAGACUGAUAUUGCAAUCAUAUUAAAUCAAUACGGCUUCAAAAUUACACACUUUUUUGAAAAUGCCAUUCUUGCGAUUGAAGACCACGAUGAAAAGCUUUGGAAACUUCUUGUUGAUAAUGGUCUUGAUAUUAAAAUCAGACAUGAAAAGUCUGAAAUGACAUUUUUGCAUAUUGCUGUGAAGAAAGGCUUCGUUGCGAAGAUUGACCAACUGAUUAAAGAUGGCAUUGAUGUAAACUCAAAGGAUGCAGCAGGGAAAACACCUCUUAUGUAUGCUUCUGAAAAUAAUAAUCCUAUCAUCGUAGAAAAGCUUCUUGGCCAUGGCGCUGAUGUCAAUAUUUUGGAUAAUGCUGGAGAAACAGCUAUAUUCUAUGCUGCUUCUCAAGGAUUGACGGGAAUUAUCAAGAUUCUCUUUGAUCACGGUGCAAAGGCUAAUCUUACUUCAAAACGUGGUCAUACUCCAUAUAUGCUAGCAAAUUUCAUCAACAAAGGUGCUGCUGAACUUAUCAAUGAGCAUCUAAAAAAUGAAUAA